AACGCGGAUGGCAUUGGCGUUGCCCAAGAUGACGAUGCCACGCGAGCAGCGGAUCCUGGCGCUCGCCAUCUUCCGGUCCGUGUACGGCCACUGCCGGCCUCGCAUCCAGUACGUCGUGCCGGCCGCAGAGCCAUGGCCGGAGCUCUUCCACGGCCUCGCGCUGGGCCGCCUCGCCGACAAUGCGCGCUCGUCGUGCAAGAUGCUCGAGCCCGAGAACUUUGCGCAGCUCGAAGCGAUCGGCUUUGCGUGGGCGCUGCACCUCAACAACCACCGCAUCAUCGUCUCGAUCAACGGCCGGCGCAACCUCCAGCGCGUCCAGCUGUCCGCGCUCGUCGCCGCCUUGCAGACCUAUUCUGAUCGCUUCGGCGACCUCGACAUGCCCAACGACUUUGUCGUACCGCACGACGACGACGCGUGGCCUGCCGAGGCCGCCCACGUCGUGCUGCGCUUCGCGCCGCAGGCGCUCCGGACCAACUUUUACGCGCUCUCAGACGACGACGUCGCGAGCGUGCACGGCCUGUCGCUGUGCAAGGACCUUUUGCCGUGGACCGACGUCUUGCGCUUGCUCUCGCUCUACAAGAUAAACACGGGCUGCAAUUUCGUGCCCCUCGACUUUGUCGUGCCAUCGACCGAUGCGUGGCCGGCGUGCUACUUCGGCGCGACGCUUGGCGACGUUGUGUGGUACCUCGGCAUCAAGCGCGCGCUGUUGCCGCCAAAGCGACGCGCAGAGCUAGCAGACACUGCGAUUGCGUUCAACGUGCCGGCGACGUGGGCGCGCAUCGUACGCGGCCUCGAGAUCUACGUGGCCCACGUCGGCCAUGCCAUCGUGCCCAGUAGCUUUGUGAUUCCGGACGAGUGGGGCCCGCAACUGUGCGGCAUGCGACUCGGGCACUUUGUCGCCAAGCUGCGCCAAGCCAGUGCGCUGUGGCUGCUUCCGAAAGAGACCAUGGACAGCGUCGCGGCCAUCGACGCUUUGGUUGCGAGCGGCGCGCGCACUCCAUGGCCGACGACGCAAGCCGUUAGCGCAACCGCUGUGGUGCGCACGCCGGGACCACUCGCUGUUGGCACGGAAGGCUUUGCUCCGAUGACAACCAGCGACCGGCCGAUGGACGUGCCAUGCCACCGGCCGCGGGUGGAGCACGCGUACCCGCCCACUGAAACCAUCAGCUACUACGCCCUGUCGCCGUCGAUCGGCUCGCAAUGCAUGGCGGCUAGCGACGUCUCGCGACCUUCGAAACGCCCUCGCAUGGACGCAGAUGGCUCGCCGUCGACCUCGUUCCUGCAGCACGUCUCGGACGCGUCGGCGAUGGCGUCGGACGAUGGCCAGACCGAGGACGCACCGGAAAUUGAGCCCGAGACAAGCGACGUUAUCGACUCUGCGCCGCGGCGAAAAUGGAGCUUUCAGGAGAAGCUCACGGCGCUCGGGUGCUACCGCGCCGAGCACGGCCACCUCGCUGUGCCGCAAGCGUUCCGCGUGCCACCGACGGCGGCAUACCCUGCGUACUUGCAUGGUAUGUUGCUCGGAAUCAUCGUGUCGGCGCUGCGCCAGAAGGAUGCGAUGUUGUCGCCAGACCAGCAAAGCGAUCUGGACACGCUCGGCUUUCUCUGGCGCGUCCGGGGGUCGGUUGGCCGCUGCAUCAUCCAGUGCCCCAACACCUCUGCACGCGCGGCGCGAACCAUCUCGUGGCACGAUCAGAUCCAAGCCCUUCUCGUCUUCCAGCAGCAGCACGGCCACUUUCACGUCCCACGCGGCUUUGUGGUCCCCGCCGACGAUGCGUGGCCUCUCUCGACGCACCACUUGCUUCUCGAGCACGUGCCGCCGGCGAUUCAAGCGCACUUGUAUGAGCUCUCGGACGACCAAGCCAACGUCGUGCGCUCCGCGGGCCUCGUUCCAUCGGUGCCCGACUUUCGCACCUUUGUGUGUCUUCUCGGACUCUUCCAAACCACGUACGGCGUGUCAUCAGUCUACCGCGACUUUGUCAUACCGGCCACUGGCGGCUCGUGGCUCGAUGCGUGGCGCGGCCUCGACCUCGGCGAGCUCGCGUGGCGUGUCGGCUUGAACAUGUCGCUUCUCUCGAAAGAAAAGCAGGCGGCGCUCGCGGGCAUCGUCUUCAACUCGGACGCGACGUGGGCUCGGAUUCUUCGAGGCCUCGAGCAUUUUGAACGCUUGUACGGCCCACUGAGUGCGCCGUCGUCGUUUGUGGUGCCAUCGACGUGGCCCUCGGACCUUGUCGGCCUCCGACUCGGCCACUGGUCCAAGGUAACCCAGGUCGCGUUCCGGCUCGAGCUACUGCCGCCAACGACGGCGGCGGCCGUCAAGAAGCUCGUGAUGCAGAGCGUCCCCGUGCCACUCGAGUGGACGACCCCCACGAAUGCAGCAGACGCAUCCGCGCUCCAGACGCGCGUGCUCGCGAUGAAGAAGGUCGUCGAUGACGUGUUUGGGCUUAGCGUACCAGAAACCUUUGUCGUGCCCGCGAAUGGCGACGCAUGGCCCGAGGGCAGUCACCGCUUCCCGCUGGGCGAAGGCUUGCGCUGGCUCCAGACGCUGCCGGCGUCACCUCCGAGAGCCAUCGACCAGGCCGACACCCGUGCGUCAUUGCAGCAUGCGCCCCACGGUCCCACGCCGGGACGCGACACGCCGAUGCCGGCAGCAGCACGCAUGGAGCAGACACCACCACCUAUCGAUUCGAUGCCACCGAUGGAGGAGCUUGAGCCGUCGUCCGUCCAGGAGCCGUCCGAUGCGUCGCCUUCGGCGAUGGACCUGCAGCGACAAGUGCACGUGAUCGCACUCUACCGUGCCAUGUACGGAUCGGCCGACAUCCCGAUCGAGUUUCUCGUGCCGGCGUCCGAGCCGUGGCCGGUGGAAUACCGUGGGCUGCGACUGGGUGCGAUCGCCAACGAGAUCCAGCGGGUCAAGCGGCCCUACGACCGAGGCUUUGAGCGUGACCUGCGCGCCGUCGGUUUUGUGUGGCACACUGCAGCACCGUCGUCGCGCUGCGUCGUGUGCGAGGCGUCGGGCGACCUCGUCGUUGAAACCAUCGACCUCUCGAUCCAAAUCCGGGCGCUCGUCGCGUACUGGGGCCUCGGCGGGGACCUCGAUGCGAUCCCCGUCGACUUCUCCGUGCCCGUUAGCGACCCGAUGUGGCCGUCGGCGGCCGCAGGUAUCGUCUUGUCGCAUGUACCCGCCUCGCUGCGGUACCAUUGGUUUGAGCUCACGCCCGCGAUGGAAACCACCGUGCGUCGGCUCGGCCUCUUUGCGCAGAUUCCGCCGUUCGAUACGUUCUUGUCGCUUGUUGAGAUGUACCGCCGUACGCUUGGGGACGCGUCGGUGCCGUUGGACUUUGCCGUCCCCGAAAGCCCGGCGUGGCCAGCGCCGUGGCAUGGAGUGCUGUUAGGUCAACUGGCGUGGUUCAUCGGCCUCCGCGCGUCCAAGCUCCGACCGGACCAAGCGAAUGCCCUUCGCACGAUUGGCUUUACGUUUGGCGCACCGGCGACGUGGGCGCACAUUGUGUCGGGUGUCGGGAUCUACUACCGGCUACACGGCGCGUCGGUGGUGCCUCCGUCGUUUGUGGUUCCCGCGACGCCCGAGUGGCCAACGGACCUCUACAACAAUCCCCUUGGCUACUGGGUCGAGCACAUGGCGAUGGCCAAGCGCCUGCGGCUGCUGCCGCGCGCGACGCUGGAUGCGCUCCAAGCCGCGGCGGACGACGCUGCCGCGCAAGGGCCCGUGGCGACGACAAUGUACCUCGCAUGCUCUCGCUCCUCGAGUAUGGACACACCCUCGACGCCCUCUGGACCUUUCGGCAUGUUGCCGGAGCACGAUCGGGCGUGGUCACCACCCACGUGGUCGCUCGCCCUCGGCCACUGCGUCCAGCGCCUCAAGGCCGCGUACGAGACGCUGCCCUUUUCGAUUCGAAGCCACCUUGAUGCCAUUGGCGUGCGACCGGACGACGAUCAGGGCCCGCCUGCCAACCCAAUGCCUAUGGUAGAUCGCUGGCAGUCGCCGUCCCCACCACCACGAUAG